AUGCACCGCCAGUGGCGACCCGCUCCCGAAUCGACCUACGCGUCCCAAGCGGCGCGAUGGAAACAAGGCUUCAAAGCGCCGUCGCCCCGACAGCAGCAGCAGCAGCAGUUACAGCCGUCUGUGGACCAGACCGACCUCGAGAACGCGCUGGUCUCUGAACUGUGUUCGUCGCUCGGGUCGUCGUCGUUCCCACCGCGCGAAGUGCUGCAGAAGCUGCUGCGUUACUUGCACACAUUGGACCACGACUACGUCUGUGAGCUAUUGGACGACAAGUUUGAGAGUCCAGUGUGGCAAGUCAAAGCCAAAGCGCUGUCCGUGCUCAGUGCAUUGCUGAGCAGCACCGAUGCCGAGUUUUACAAGCAGUACUACAGUGGACGACUGGACCUGGUGGAAGAGCUGCGGCGCGCGAGGAAAGACAUGCUGCGCAAACGGGCCGACAAAGUGUACGCGUUGCUGAAAGACUGUGUGCCGACAGCAGACGGCGAGAGUGUGUUGGAGAUGAUGCACCGGAUACGAGACGACGGAGCGCGAGAUGGCGACGCGCGAGCCCCCGAGAUGCAAACGCUUAUGCACACGUCGCCGAUCAUGACGUCUCAGCAGACGCCACAGGGGCGGAGGAUGAACACGAACAAGUCGUCGCAUAGCAGCAGUGCACCACUGCCUAGCGCACUGCCUGCUGCUGCCGUCGAAGAAGCGGCGACGGCAUUUCAUUUCUUGGCGGUAUCAAAGCACGAACCUCAAGCAGAGUAUGUACCAGCGCAGAUGGCAGCUGAGCCCUUGACACCUCCAGCGAGCAAUUCUGCGUUCGGCUUUCUCUCGGUGAACGGAGGCGAGAUGGACUCGUUGUCCUCGACACCGUCAGGCUCUGUGGGCCCAAAGUCGGGUGUUGUCGCACGGCCGUCUUCCCAGAAUAGCGACCCGCUCGCCCUCGCAGCUCCACCGAACAUGCCAGUACCGUCUGCACCGCCACUAGCAACGGACUCGUCCAGCUUUGGUUUUCUGGCCCAGACACCGGCGGCAAAUGGUAUCUAUGCCCGUGAAAACGUUCUUCCAGCGUUCGCUUUGAUGGAACGACAGGACCAACCGCUGCAGCAACAGCAACCGCGAGCAGCUUUGGCUACUGCGCCAGCACCAACGUCUGCGCUUCGACAUUGCCACACGGUCUUUGAUACACUUCCUCAGCCGACGCCAUUUGAGCCAAGCCAGGUGGUGUGUGAACCCGAGAAAGGAGAGGUCAAGGUAGAAGAAAGCAGCACGUCUGACCCGAUCCACGAUGCGUUUGAAGGCAUGGACGCGCACAAUGGUGCUCAAGCGCUGGACUCUUUGGAUGCUUACACACCGUCACGUGACUCUGCGCGCGGUGAGAAUGAAAGCGUUGUGCCACAACCAACACAAAUGACUGAGUCGCUGCGAGAAGUGAUACUUGAGAUUGACGUACCACCAGGACCCAUGGGUGUGAUGCUGGACCGCACAAUUCCCGACAUGACCGUGAUCGAGCGCUUUGUGCCCUUGCCAACAGGUGGGCGUGGAUAUCUCGAGCUUCACCCAGCCAUCUGCCCUGGCUGUGCGCUGAUCAGCAUCAACUCCAUUAUCGUCGAGAAUAAAGGGCUUGUCGAGGUGGGGCCCAUAUUGGGUUCACUCACGAACGCCCCCAAGCUGCUGCGCUUCAAGAAGCUCAUGAACAAUGGCCGACCUGCGAAUCCAUCGACACUCCAGAUGCCGUAUGUUCCUCCUCCAUUAGAAGAAGAGGUACACAGCUCAGUAGCCGAGAAGAGUGCCGAGAGAGAGCCUGGGUCCGAGGAUACUCGCCUAUCUGGAAGUUCGAGCGGCGAAGCGUUCAUGACCUGUUUGAAUGGAUACAGCAGUGCUCUGUGCGAGAUCGAGGCAAAGCUGAAAGAGAUCAUUCGCCGCGAGCAGGCUGGACAGCUGAUCGUGGACCGUCGCAACCAGCUUGCACAACUUCAUGGCAACGUGGAGAAGAUCCAGACUGAGGGCAUUGAUUCUGUAAUUUUGGGUGAUCGUCGGCCGCUCAAUUACGAGGAGGUGAAACAGUUUCGCUUGAUGCUGGUGCACAAGGCGAAUGAGCUGGCUCGGAUGAUUCAGAGCACAGCCAUGGCUGGUCCUUCACUGUGCACGAGCGUCCCGGCAUCAGGGGGAGAGAAGCAGCCCGUAUCAGCGUUUGCAUUCGUGCAAGAGGAGCCGAACACGACUACCAACAACGAUCCGCCGCUAGGCAUAUCCCAGCUGCAAGGAGACUCGGGCUUUCGCUUCUUGAAUGCCAAUGCGAACGCACAAGUCGCUGAUGUGGAUGGCAGAAACGUAGUGGCGCCCGUGUCCGGACCUGUGGCCCAGCCGCCAGGACAGUCGUACGGCUUUAGUUUCCUCGCGGACAAUUACAUCGAGCAGCCUGUCGCGAGCGACCUUGCAAACCUGACCGUCUCCCAAGCACCAACCAGUCCGUCGUCCAGUUUCGGCGUGCUUUCAACCGCCGUGACCAGCCCGGGCGCACAAGCUGCUUCGAACGUGUUUGCAGGGCUCUCGCUAAAGACUGGCAAUCAGCAAAAGGCGGGGGCAAGGCGGCCCGCAGCUCCUGCACUGUGCGACACCUUGACAAAGAGCAGUCACGGCCGACCCAUGGGCCUCAGCGACCUGGAAGCGUCGCUCCGCUCGACGGCCUCGGGCAAAAGCUGCUGUCCCGUGCCGCGAGCGCCCGAGUCGGUGCCACUGCCGUCUGCGUUUGCGUUCCUGUCGACGUCCGCCACCAGUCACGCACACGGUCCGGUCGUGUUUGACAGUAGCUCCACCAGCACCGAAGCGACGUCGCCCACGGGGUUUAGUUUCCUGCGGGACAGCACUGUGUCGUCCAAUGCGCCGACAGUGGGGUCUUUGCACGCCCACUCGACGCUGCACGAGCCGCCCGCGUCGAUGUUUUCGUUCAUCUCGAGCGACUGA